ACUGUUAGCAGAUCCCAGUUCACGUAACAAGCAGAAAACUUGUUAAGUGCUUGACAGGGCUGUUAAAUUUGAUAUUGGAGUGUUGUAUGUGUUGUGUAUGGAUAAUCAGAGUUUUCCUUGUGUUUUGUUCAUGUUAUUAAAAUAGAAAAAGUAGAGCUAAUCGGUUGGGUUUCUCCAUACAGCCGUAUGUUUUCUUCACUAAACAAUCAUUCUUUGAAGUAAACAUGGCGGUCGCUUUUAAUGGGUGUUUACAUGGUUGGUGCAUUUUUGUUGAAUUAGAACACAGAAACAGUCUGCAUUUAUGAAAAUAUUCAAUACAAUGGGUCCACCAGCUAUGCUGGUGAAGUGGUAAUGAACAUUUUUGGAGCUCUGAUCCCGUGUGCACUACAGCGGGGCUGCUGGUCUAGCGAUGAGCGCAUGACGGAUAGAAUGGGAGCUGCGACGUCCACACCUCCUGGGGAAACUCCACCCCCUCACCCUCCCAUCAUGCCUUCUUCUACUUCUGACCAACUCUCUGUAGUUGUCAGGGAUCGGAAGAGAAUAAGGGUUGCUGGAUUUGCAACCUUAAGGAAGAAAUUCAUUAGAAAAAGGCGCUCCUCGAAAGCGAUGGAUCAUGGACGGGUUAUAAGAGAAGUGGUUUCUGAUUGGAGUCCCUUGGAGGUGGCAGCACUGCUGGAAGAAUAUGAAGCAUUGGCAAGCCUGAAAGAUUUGUCGAUGCAAGCCGAGCUGGCUCGACCACCCGCUGCCACUUUUAAGCAGGACUUGUCCACGUUAUAUGACUUUAAGUACUGUACAGAUGUGGAUCUGAUAUUUCGUGGUGCAUGUUUCCCCGUUCAUAGAGCUAUUCUGUCUGCCCGGUGUCCUUACUUCCGCGACCUGUUAGCUGGCUGCCCUGGGUAUGGAGCCAGAAUUUGUUUGGAGCUUCGCACACCAGGUGUGGACGUUGAAAUGUUUUCCGCACUUCUCCGGUACCUGUACACAGGCGAUAUUAGUCCUAGAGACGGCAACAUAGAUUUAGCUUUACUUCGUAGACUAGGUGAGGAGUUUGGUACGCCAAAUCCCCUGGAAUCGGACCUGCGUUACCUGCUGGAAACCGGGGACUACGCGGACGCAGCACUAGUGUUCACCUCAGACUCAAGUGGUCAUUCGGAUUACCACCGUCCCGACUCGGCAAGCUCCGAGUACGGUUUCCGGCCUAAGCUGGAGCUGCCGUGCCAUAAGGCCAUCCUGAGUGCGAGGUCUCCCUUCUUUCGCAACCUCAUCCAGAGACGCACCAGAUCUGGUGAGGACCAUACGGAACGUGCUCUCCACAUUCCCACCAGGAUUGUCCUGGACGAGAGUGUGAUACCCAAGAGAUACGCCAGAGUGCUGCUCCACGCAGUGUACCUGGACACUGUUGACCUGUCCUUGAUACUGCGGGGCAGCGGCUGCGGGACCAGUGCUGGCAGUCUUGGGGAGGUGGAGGCCCUGACACACACAGGACGGGUGCGGCCCAGUCCGCUGGAGGAGGCAAUGGAACUGUAUCAGAUAGGCCGUUUCCUGGAGUUGGACAUUGUAUCGCAGGGCUGUGAGGAUGUCAUUCUGGAGUGGCUCACCAUCGAGAGUCUUCCCGGAGUGUUACGUUGGGGAUCACAACCUCACGGCUCGGCCUGGGUCCAUCGGCAGGCGAAACACUUUCUGAGAGAAGAAUUCACACAGAUUGCCCAGUCCAGUGUGCUACACCAGUUGGACAAAGGUCACCUCAUAGAGGCGCUCAACUCUCACUUUCUCCAGGCUAGUGAGCUGGAGGUACUGCAAGCUGUGUUGAAGUGGGGAGAACAGGAGUUGGUCAGGCGAAUGGAGGAUAGAGAGCCGAACUUGCUAAGCCAUACGGCACACUCAGUGACACGCAAGGGGGUGAAGAAGCGAGAUCUGAGUGACGUAGAACUGCGUGAGAUAUUGUCUGAGCUGCUGCCCCUAGUCAGGAUGGAUCACGUAGCUCCCACAUCAUCGGAGACUCUGGGACAGGCCAUCCGGCGGGGGUUGGUGUCUACUCCCCCGAGCCACAUGAUAGGCUCAGAUACACGGGACAGUGUACGUCUCAAUGCUUGGGUCCGUACCAGCCCCAAUAGCAAUGGUCUGUUUGUCAGGCCCAGACUCUUUAUGCCUUAUUAUGAAGAGAUCAAGGCACUAGUAGAAGAUCAGUUGGUGCAAGAGGUCGAGUUGUUGAGGUUAAGACGGGUGCGGUAUAUACCAGACAUACCAGACACUCUGUACAUGGUACAAGACAAGCCAAGACCUCUGGGGGUUGAUGUGCUGGCUGCAUCCAUCCCAGUACCAGACCCAGCGACUAUGACUGCCAUGCUGAAGAGAGAACAGAAGUUGCGUCAGUCACCAAGCUGUCAGCGAGCCCUAGCCUUGCCACUGUCUUCCAGACACGAGGUCCUGCGUCAGAUCAGACUCAGGGUUGUCCGAGAGUUCAACCUGCCUGAUCCUGUCGCUGAUCUUUUAGAGGUGAGCAAACAGAACGCUGCAUGUUACUGUGCCGAGGAGGAGGAGGAGGCUGUAGGAGGAGGAUACGGCCGCAGUGGAUUGCCCUAUGCUAGAGUCCCUGUGCCUCCUGGUCCUGGACCCCCGCACAGACCUGACCUGCCUGCCAUUAUCACCGAAGGGGACCUGUACAGAAGCCACCCUCCCACACAGUGCUGCCUGCCGGCUGACAACGAUGGUCACCUGUCAGACAUCAUGCCAGAUGUGGCGAUGGCCACCGCCUCCUUGAGUCAGCUACAGCUGCAGGACCAGCACCUGGUGGAGUUGGAGCUGGACCUGGGCGAUGGAACCACUCACCCCCACCUGGUGCCCCCGUUUCGCCGAGCAUAUGCUCCUCCACCUUACCAUCGGCCCCACCCUCCUCCACCUCACCGCUUUAUAUAGCAGUGGAACAGCUGCUGAGGUCCACUCCCUUCAGGUGAAAGAGCUCCGACAACUGCCAAGAGGUGUUGUGCGCUAAUGUUACAAGUGUUAUGUGCACAAACAUUCUGUACUUAACGUAUGCUCUGCUGUAUAUACUAUUUAUACAUUGUUCUAUAUAUGUUGUAUAGCUCAGAAACUAUUAUGCAAUCCUGUGAUGUAAGGAUGUCGCAAGAUGGGGACCUUCAGUUCCUUUAUUGUAUUCUUAGUAGCAAUUUAUAAUUUCUCAAAAUCUAUUUAGAUUUCUUGGGGAUUUUAUUUAUUUGUCUGCUCAAUUAUUUUUUUUGCUUUAUACAAUCACUUGUAAAGUUUGAUUAAGUUUAUUGAAUACGUUGUUGAUAUAUAUAAAUAUAUAUUAUUUAAGAUGGUUUUUUUGAGAGUUAGAUAUAUUUGAGUAUUAUUCACUCAACAUUACAUUCCAUCUCUUUUUGCCAAGAUAUUGAUCUUAUGAUCGAUUGGCUGUUAUUUAGUCUUUAUUAAUUUAUGGUGUUUUAAGGAAAGUAAAAGCUUUAAAUAAUUUUAGGAGACGUUUAAUUUUUCUCAAAAUGAAUCUUAUUAAUAUAUUUAAUAUAAUUUUUGAGAUACCGCUUGAAUUUUUAUUUCAAAUUGAACUCAUAGAUGUUGACUCAUACAUAAUAUAUCUGUAGAUGAAUUAUAUCUCUAAGAUGUCAGUGGGUUUGAAUUUUUGUUUGAAACAACAAUUUUUAAGUAAUUGGAGUCGGAAAUAUAGGUGUAAGUAAUAAAAAUAAGUGUAAAAAGUAGAAUAAUAUAUUUUGAGAACUAGAAUCUGUCCUCCUUCAGGUGUCAAAAGAAUACCCUUUGAACUUGGAUUUGAAAUUAUGUGAUUGUAUUCUCAGCUUGUGGAGGUCACUCUUUAAUGGCCCUUGCUGUUACGGCUGUUCAGCUCAUCACACCACUACAUGUUGCUCUGUAUUUGCGCAGUUAUAAAAUUCAAUCCUUAUCCAGUUGUGGCUGGAAAGUGCUGCAAUCUAUCAGCCAAAUAACUAACUAAAUUAAUAUUUCUCUAUUUGCAGCAUAUACCAUGCAAAAUAAUUCUUGAACAUAGUUAACAAAUGUUUUUUAUAGUCAGUAUCAAUGUAGCUGCUAUAGUGUAUCCUUUCAAUUUAUUAAAAUACUACAGCAUAUAGUGGAGCCAAUUAAUCUCAAAAUAUGGAAAUUAGAUGAUAGGUUAAUAUCAGAGACGUACUUGAGACCAAUUACUUGGUUCUUUUCAGAGCAAAUAAUAAAUAACCAGUUGAUAAAGUUUUAACUUUGAAGCUAAUAAAUAGUAAAUUGUUUGAGAAUUUUACUUAAAUAUCAGUCAUUUAAAGAGCCGAGAGUGAAAUACUGCCGUUUAAAUACGAAUCAAAGUGAUGUACAUGGUUACGCAGACACCAAGUGGUGACACAGAUCUUAGCCAAGCCACUGUCUGUGGCUGUAGCCCGCUAAGCUGAGAGGAGAACUACCUGUAAUAAGCGAUGGAUAAGUUUGGACCAUACUAAACGGCCUACCAAAUGCAAAGAGUUAAGUAUGCAUAAAAAUGCUAUAAAUAAUUGAUAACAUUACAAUGAACUUGCCAAGGUCAAACUUGUCAAUGUAAUAAGUUGGUUGUCAAUAAAUCAAGCACAUUUUUGAAAGUCCAUAACAGUCAUGGAAAGCACAAAUCAUACCAUUUCACACCAGAUAAUGUGAAUAGUGAUGGGGAAAUCAUUGUUACAUCUUCAAAGUCACCACUUUCACUUCCCCCAGUUUGUGGUGUUCACAGGAUAUGUCUUGGUUCUGACAUAUUUGGAAUAUCAGUUAUAUGACCUUUGGUGUAUAUAUGUUGAUCAGCAGAUACUUUUUGUGCAUGCUUAACUUUAUGCCUUGGGUGUUUGACUCAUAAAGAGGAAGAUAAAUUCCAGAUCUCUAAAUGUAGUGUUCUAUUUUUGUAUCAUAUAACGAUGGCAAAUGUCCAAAAUCCUGUUAUCCUUUUUAUUCACCCAGCAUUAAAAAUAAACAUAAAACAAAGUGUUAAAAUUUAUGGCACCAAACAUUUAAUUGAAUUUACCACCAGCAUCGUUCUUAACAUAAUAAUUUAUAAUAUUUUAACUUAUUAUAUGCCAAUGUACAACCAACAAUUAAUUACUAAUAAUUUUGCUACAGAUUUUAGUGGGUUUGAGGGUAAAAUUUAAUAAUUGUAAAAGCCUUUCUGGUUUUCAGUCUUUUACAUUGUUAGAAUGUUCUGUUAUUUUGAAAAUCAUGGAAUAUGUGGUACUCAAAAACAAGAAGCUGGCGUAUUAACAAAAAUUUUAUUUUCAUUGAAAAAGCGCACCCCUGUAAUUAAUUGAAAUUUAAACAAAUAUAGGCUCAUAUAGGACAAGUUUUAAAUAUAAGGUGUUUAAAAGUUGAAAGUCAUUAAACUGCAUAUAGUCACACAGAUUUCACUAGUUGCACAUAUCCAUGAAGUAAAUAAUCCAAAUAAGUAACAAAAGUUCGUAGGAAGCUUAAAAAAAUAGGGCAAAAUCAAAAUGCCUUAACAUAAAUCUUGUGAAAUGGUUCAUUGGUUAAAUAAAAAUGAAAAUGAUAAAAAUCUGUUAAUUUGUUUUGUAAGUUGGGUUAGUGAAAUGUUCCACACAAUGUAUAACAAUUGAGUAUUUUAUGAAUUAUGUUUAAGAAUGGUUUUAAACAAACAAAAUGAAUACUGAAUAUGGUUGGCAGUGCUUCCUAAAUAGAUGUAUAUAAAACUUAGUUCUUUUGUUGAAUAUGUUUAAGAAAUCACAAUUGAAGAAAAUGGCUAUUUUUGGAAAUUAAACUCUCACUUUUAAUAAUAAGUACUACAGCCUUUGUUAAAUAAUUUUUUGUAUUUGUAUAUGUGGAGUAUUUAAGUUUGAAAUGUCCUGUAAUUUUAUAAAACAAAAUUCUCAAUUAUUAAACAUGAGACUAAUCUUAUAAGGCUUAGAGGUUCUGUGGAUUCGCUAUGGAACUAUCAAUUAUAUAUUGUCCAACCACUCAGAGCUCAUAUGUUGAACUAUUACAUACUUGUGUCUAUGUAAAUUUCCAUCUUGGAACUUACUUAAUUACUUAAAGAUUGGAAGUGACACAGGAGAUUCUAUUUUGAUUGUUUCAAUCUAUUAAUUGUAUACCAAUAACUGAGCAUUAUGUGUUUAAAGAAAAUAUGGAAAACAUGUGUAUAUGGCAGUUUAAGAUUUUUCCAGCCCACCUUACAAUUUCUAAAGUGUACUCAAAAGUAGAAAUGAGUCUAUCCCCUUUAUACCAUUCUUACCAAUAUCAAAAUUAAAAACAAAUUAUCAGGAGUAGCUUUUACACCUUUUUGAACAUGACAAUUUGCUUACAUGACAUCAUGGAUUUUUAAAAGAAUGUUUGCAAUAUUGCUCUUGUAUGGUUUUUUAGCUAAACAUACAAUAAAUAAACCAAUCUUUUCUACAUUUCAGGUAAGAUUUUGAAUGCCUCAAUUACAGUUGCCUAAGUGGAAAAGUUAAGCACUAUGCAUAACAAGGAAUUGAGUCGACCAAUUCCAAAACUCACUAACUCCACUUUCCUAAAUUUUACAGGAUGAGCAAAAAACUAUAGUGGUUAAAGUAUAACACUCAAGUAAUUAUUUUAUUGUUAUGAAUAAUAAAUCCUACUACUAAUUGGUUAAACAGUAAGAAAUUAAAUGUAUUUCUUUUGUUGAACUAGAAAACAACAGUUAAAUAUUGGAGUUAGAGAGUUUUGGAAAUGGAGAUUGGUAUUAGACAGUUUUGUUGCAGUACGGUUUUGAUUUAGGUAGUUUUGUUGCAACAUUGUGUUUUAGGGCAACAAGGUUGGGUAAAUAUUAUAAAACUUGUAAUAAUGAAAAAAUAUGUAUUUAAAUUAAACAAUUUUGUAUGCAAUUAAACUUAAAUACAUUUUGUUGUUUUAAAUUCAUUUUUUACAAUGCAAAGUUGCCCUCUAAGAUUAAAACUUCAUCCUCCAUUGGAUCUUCAUGUUCAUUAGGAUCAUCUUGAUUAAGUUCCUGGUUUUCCCCAUCAUUGGUAGUAAAUAGAUCAGCGUAGUACCUAAGAAACUCCAGUUGAUCCCAUUGUUCCCCAUAAUGUUUUCGUAGUAGUGUUUUUACAUCCUUAACUUUUGCAGGAUUAACCUGAACAGAAUUUGGUUUCAUCUGGGGGUUUAUGUUUCUCAGACUACAGCCUUUCUUGGCUAUUCCUCUGGACGCUCCUAUAUCGUUUUUAUAGGCUACUUCACCCCUUACUAAUCCAUUUCCUUUUUUGCCUCUUGUUAAUAUGAAUCGUUUACAAGUGGAAAACUUAAAGUGCCAUUGACCUGGCUUCUUUACUGUUGAUCUGCAUACUUCCAUCCAGUUUUCAACAUCAAAGUCCAAACCUAAUCUAUUGACCGUUCCACUUUCUCUAAAAAUGUCAAAGUAUGUGUUUGGAUGGGUGAUGCUUUCAACUUUUCUGACUUUUCUCUCUAUUACCCCAAAAACUCUAUCGGGUGGGAUGUAAGAAUGUCCUGGAACCGGAUAGUGAAUUACAAUUGUCUUAAUGUGCUGAGGUGCUUUAGUCAAUAACCAGUUUAGUAAAGCUGUAAUAAGAAUGGUAUUUUUAUUUUGUCCUCCAGCACCAUCUGCAAACAAUCUAAUUGUAUGUACAUUUUCUGGAUAGACUGUUUCUGAUAAUCGAUGGCGAACACAAGAAGCUAUUUCGCUUGAACCUUUCGCACCUUCCAUUUCAGUCCAAGCAUAAAUGAAAGUGUUUUCAACUGUCUGCUUUGACAAAGAAGAACCGAGACACAUUGUAAAAUUAUAUACAUAAAACUGUCGUAAGAAAUAAGCAGCUUGAUCAGUCAACUUAGGAAAAAUUAGAUUUUUUUGGCAGUCGAAUGAAAACGUGAUUGUCCCAGCCUCUUCAGAUUGCAAUAGCUCAAAAAACAUCUUACCUCUUUUUUUGUGAACUUGUAAUUCUAUUUUCAGUUUCCCCUUUUCUUCAAAAUCUACCACAGAUAGAAUCUUCUCUUUCAGCUUAAGACAUUGAGAACACUGGUCUGUUGCUGGUGACCCAAACCCUACAUUAUAAUUCUCUACAAAUAUUUUCCUAAAGUACUCAUACUUGACUUUAAACUCAUUUUCAGUAGUGUUGUUGUACGAUUUCCACAGAUUAGAGAUACUUAAAUGACUUGCUAGGUACUGCCGUCUGGAUUUCCCUCGGCAAUAAUGUGACUCUACAGGUUGUAGAGCCUCAAUAAAGGUUUUUACUUUGGAUAGUUUUUCCUCAGACUUUUUAGAACGAUGGUCUCCACCUCGAAGUUCUUUUGGCGAUUCGCCAGUUUGAAACACAAGACGGCACAAUCUUUGUACUCUAAAUUUUGAAAUAUUUAAAAUAUCUAAAAAAGCCUUUUGGCAAACUUUUACCAAUUCACUUCCUCCUUCAUUGCGGUAUGAUGGUAUGAAAUAUUCAAUAGCCAUACCUCUUUCAGAAGAAUGAGGACCUUGAAGCCGAUGUCUUUUUGGAACUUUUCCUUUGGCGUACCUCAGUAUAAAUUGAUCUUGGUCAAUUUUAUUGCAAGAUUUGUAGAACCCCUGAUGAAAACGUCUUAUGUCCUGCAUAUUAAGACGGGAACAGUCAUAACAGUGCUUGGAUCCGUUAGCUCUUUCACGAUGUCCACAAGUUGGAAUAUUUGGGAAUCCUUGAGCGGAGUGUCUGAAACAAAUCAUAUUCCGUAAGCUAAUUAAAUAACCAGUAUUUAAAACAGAAAUAAAAUACAAGCCGAUAUCAUAAAAACAAUCAAUGCUGUGAAAAUGUUAGUGUACAGUUAAAGGGUUUUAGGUUAUGUCAUCAUUGGAUAAACAUACAAAUUUAAUUAUGUUGUCCUGUAAUAAAUAUAGUUUAGCUUACCUCUUCUUUUUGUCCUUGGUUUUCUUCCAGUUAUCUACUCUUCUUUUUCUCUUUCUCGUGGAAUUGUCAGGCAUUGGUUCAACAUUACCGCUUUGUAAUAAGGUUACCUCUGGAUCAGCCAUAUUGUACAAAACAGAAAUAACUAAUGAAGUAAACAAACAAUUUCCCAAGAUGCACUGCUGUACAGUGUAGCCAAUAUAUAAACACAAAAUAAUAACUAUUUUGAAGGAACUGCCCACUUUCUGUUUGAAGAAUAUGUUGCCAAUGACUAUCAUAUGAUUAGGAAUUAGUCAGUUUUGUUGCAGUACUGCCUUGAAGUGUGCUAGUUGAAGCCUGGAGUUAGAGAGUUUUGAAACAGUAAUGGAGGAAGAUGAAUUAGCGAGUUUUAUUUCAGUAAAGGGAUUGGAUUUAGAGAGUUUUGUUGCAGUUGCAGUUUUUUACAUUGAUAUUUCCAUAAGAAUUAGAGAGUUUUGGAACAAGAUCUUUUGCUACCUUAUAAAACUCCCCAAAUACUGCCAAAUACUAUAAAAACCUCAAUUUCAAAAAUUUUGGAGUUAGUGAGUUUUGGAAUUGGUCGACUCAAUUCAGCAAGUUGGUUUCACAUCUUUCUGAGCAACAGGAAAUAGUUUUAGAGUUUUUGGGUACACCAAUAAUACACUUGUAUUAAAAACAAAUAAGGAACUUACAAUUAAUACAAAAGAAGCAUGUUUUAUAUAUAUAUGGUCCAAUGCUUUUGCAUUCCAAACAAUCUGGUCCUAAAUGAAGAAAACCGUUUUUACUGCCAAAAGCAGGAACGCAGAUACUCCAGGUGUUUGGAGUAUUUUAUAGUACUUUGGUAUUUUAAUUGGCUCAAGUCUAAGAUGGAAGUUGCAUUUUUAUGAAUUAUGUAAGAAGCUCUGUACAAAAACCCUUCUCAUUUGUAGUCUCAGACAAAUAAGUACUCCAGGGGUAACUAAAAUAGUCAACUUUUUCCUUUAAUUCUACUUAAAGUACAGCAUAAAGUCCUGGAGAGGAUAUAGAACAAAUCUAUAAGGAGUUCUUACGUCGCAAAAAAGAACUGUUGUACUGUUUCCACCAUUAUAGUUUGAGCAAUAAAAAAAACAUGCUGGAGCCAAACUGUUUAACAUGCUGCCAAGUGUAAAACAUACCACUGCACAACAAUUUAAGAGAGUACAUGACAGGUUGCUGGAAAGACAUUUCUAUUCCCUAGAAGUUUAAGAUUGAACACAGAAGGUAAACUUCACUUGAUUCCACCCAAAACUGCUAAAGCUACAUUUUUGGUUUCAACAUUGUAUAGUAAGUCUCUCAAAUUUUACCUGGUAAAGUAAUAACAUGUGCUUAGUUAAAUUUUUUUGUUAAACAGAAUAAUGUAAUAAAGUGAAAUGACUUAACUUGUAAAAUAUAAAGAUUUAUUGGAUUUGUAAUUGGUCCUAGACAUAUGAGCCCAAUUUCCUUACCAUACAGUUUGAUUUACAAAGAAAGAUAUUGACAAAAAGCAAAAAAUCUAAAAUAAUGAAGGUGCACUAUUGGGCGGUGUGAAAUAAGUGGGUAGGAGUGACCUUUGCUUUAAUUUUUAAAUUUAUAUAAUAGGGGAAGUAGCUAAAAAAGGAUAUAAACAUUGGCAUUUAAACUUAUUGUUUUCCACUUUUGUAGGUUAUAAAGUCUUGAACCAAAACAUUAAGUACCAUUAAACCAAGUUGGGUAUUUCCAGAGUCAAUACUGGUGGGGAAUUUGAUUUGUAUAUUUUAUUGCAUAUCGAAUUGUAGGUUUCAUUGUACGUAAUAACUCCAUUGUAAUAAGUGUUCAAGCGGCAAGACAAUAGAAAAACUAUUUUAAAGUUUCAGCACAAUUGGUUAUUUUAAUUAUAGAAAGUUUGUUACUGUGAAAAGUUUGUCACCUAAGUUAGUUCUGUAUUUUAAAACUGUGCAAUUUAUCAUUCAUCCUGUAUAAAAUUAAUUUUAAAGACAUUAUUAUGUAGCCUUAAACCUAAAACUGAAUAACACACUUCAUAAGAUUAAGAAUUUUAUAAAGAAUAUUUUAAUUCUUUAAUUUUUUAUUUGUUUAAAAAUUACUAGAUUAUUUUGUUGUAUAGUUUUAUAAAUAUUUCUCUUAGAAUCAAAGUAGUUAAGUAAGACUUCUUUGAUAAAUGUUUCAUUGUUUAUCGUAAUAAAUUUUGAGUAGUAGUUUUAUCUCAAAGUUUAAACUGAGUGUACUUUACAGUUUCUGCGAUUAAAAUAAGUAACAGUAAUAGUUAAUUAGUGUUUGAUUUUGUGCAGUUUUUCAGUGCAGGUUGUUGUAAACGUAGAAGGUCUAGGAUGUUGCCAGUGUGUGCAGUGUAGCCGUACUGUUAACUUGUUCUAAGGGACCCAAUCAUCGUAUUGUAGCUCUUUCUGUAUCUAUUGUAAGUAUAUUGUACCAUAAUAUGCGUCAAAUGAUUAUAAAUAACGGAACGUACAUUUUUGUGUCGUUGGCAUUAUGAGCCAAAACGUGUUCAUUGUUGUUAGCAUUCACUUUUAUAAGUUGAGUUCUAUUUAAAUAGCCUGGCAAGUGUUUUUAUUUCAGUAAAAAAAAAUGUAUGUAUUGGGUAAAAUUAUGUUGGUUUAAUAUAAUGUGAUUUAAACUUUUAAAUUAGUUUGAAUUUAAUUCAAGAUCUUAAGAGUCAACAAAAAGUUUUGCAGCAACAUGAAAAAAAUAUCAGAUUUAAAACACUAUUUCUUUUAAGUGUUAUAUGUGUUAGAUUAGUAACAAAAAUAAUCUCUUUCAAUAGAUAUAUACUUUUACAAGAAAUGCUGGUCAUUUCCAUUAUUCUGUGCUGCAGAAGUACAUUUCUUUAAUCUAUUUAAGUUUACAGGAUGUCUUAUUGUGUAUUGUUACAAAAUUGAAGAAAACUUCUAUGAUUGCUACAAGAAGGUUAAAAAAUUGUGCUCAUAUUCAUUCUUGAAUAUGUCUUAACUCUAAGAUAUAAAGUUUUGUUUAUAAGAUUGUAAGAUAGAGUGCUUUAUUUUAUAAAACUAAAUUUAAGCUCUUAUUUUGAUGAUUACUGUUGAUUAAUAAUUGUUCAAACAAAUUUAAAGGCAAGUUAUUUAUAACUUUGAUUUCAUAACUUUUUUGGCAUGGUUACAUAUAUCAUCAGUACAGAGAAUUUAUGUUAUAGCGGCUUUAAUUUAUUCUAUUUUUUUAUUAUAACUAAAAUUGUUUAAUUGACACACAAUGCGCAUAAAUUCACAAUUGAUCGAACAAGUACACCAUGAUUAAGCAUGCCACUUCCCACCAUACAGUUCGAGGACUUUACCGGCUCGCGUGACCUUGAGUGUGUGGAUAGGUGGGAGAGGUGGCGGGGUAGCGUUAUGCGCUGCGUCCCGAAAACAUUUUCUACGACUUAUCAAUGACAGCCUCCUUUCUCAAAGUCGUAUUGAUGGGAUAAACUCAUCUCACUCUCUAAAAAUCAGUCUGUUUUGUGACUGCUGAGUGAGGUGGUUUCUGGAAUUUUGUUUUUACUGAUAAUGUUUGAUGAUCUAAAGUCGAAAUUGAGAGGUAGAGUAAUUCUUAAAACCGUGAAUAAUGUUUAUGAAGGAAAAGACAGACCAUUAAAAAUUGAAGGUUAGUAAUCAGAGCAAAGCAAGUUUUACCACACAAAAUAGCUGAUAACGUAGAACAGUUAUUAGAGAAAAUUAUUAAUUGAAAAGCCAGAUAUUCAAGAGAAAAGGUUAUCAUAUUACAAAGCAUUAAAACAUUACGGAGAGCAAGGACGCCCUGUAAUAAAUUUAGAUGAGUCUUUUAUACAAUCGUCUCACAUAUCUAACCAAACUUGGUAUGAUGGCUCAAAUAAAGGGUUAUACGUUCCGAUUUACAAGGGCGAGAGACUGAUAAUUAUUUACGCGGGUAGAGAGAAAGGAUUCGUGCCUAAUGCUUUUACCUGUUGAAAGUAAGCAACCAAAAUGGGGACUACCACGACAACGUGAAUUGGGAAAUAUUUGUGAAGUGGAUAAAGGAAAAAGUGUUGCUGAAUUUAACUAUGAACCAAAUUCACUACCAAUCGUCGAUAAUGCAACCUACCACAAGAAACAAAUUGAUAAGGCUCCUACUUCAAAAAGCAUGAAGCAAGAUAUGAAGGUGUGGCUUUAAAAAAACAGAAUUCCUUUCAGUGACGAUAUGUUUUACCUGAACUGUACAAACUUGUGCAGCUAUAUAAACCAAGACAUGCCUGGUACGCCUUGAACAGAAUUGUUCAGCUGGAGGGUCAUGACGUCUUACGACUUCCACUCUACCACCUAGACAUCAAUCCAUUAAGUUAAUUUGUGUUUAAGUCAAAGGUUAUGUGGCUAAAAGGAAUACAUCAUAUCUAUAUCUCAAGCUAAAGUUCUCUGAGAAGACAAGUACCAAGUAUGGAUGUAGAAGAGUGGUCAGUAAAGUGAACAUGGAGAAAUCAGAAAGGAUUUUGCAGCCGCAGAACCCCCGAUUGACAAUAUUAUAGAAUCAUUUAUUGUAUCAGUUGGAGAUGGUUCGGAUACAGACAGCAGUGACAGUGGCCCAUAAGAGGAGGACCAUUUCAGUGGGAUUAAAGAACUCGAAUGAAAAGCAAUCAUUGUAGGUUACAUUUGUUAUUAUAAAAUUAUAUUUAUUCCAGUACUUUAAUUAACGAAAUAUUAUUGAAUUCACUGAAAAUUAAAUAAUUAGAGAAAUUCAAAUAAUAGCAAUAAUAGGAAAUAUAUUGUUUUUCUUUAUUACAUUUUUAUAGCUUUGUUUAACGUAUUUUCAAAAUAACUUGUUUGUUGAUAUUAAUUGGCAAAUCGAAAUUGUGAGUUUAAACUGACGUUAAAAAGAUUAUUGCGCCUUCAUCUCAGCGGCUGGCAUGUAAACGCAACCCGCCAUACACAUAGCGUUUAUUUGUUAAAAGGGUAGUAUUUGGGUUCCGUGAGCACAGCUGAAUUCCUCCUUCUGUACCAGCUGGCAUGAGGAAGAUUGGCUGUCACAUUUCAGACCCAGGCAAAUUAGUCAGAUCUGGAUCGAUUAGUCACUUAUCCAUUGUGUAUAUAUAUAUAUUCUUGAUCUGGAAUCAAGGCGAAAUAAACUAUGGAACAAAAAUACUAAGACCAGAAUAAAUUACAAUGGCCAUAAUUAUAUAACUUUUGGACAGAUUUUCUUGAUUGUGGCAAACUUAACAUUGGUGUUGGAAAUAUAAUUUACUCAAACCAGCAGUGCUCAUACAUGUGUAAAGCCUAUGAAAUUGUAUGCUGGCACAAGGAAUUGUUACUUAUAUCAUAGUAUAUUGUAAAAUGAAAUUUUGGAAAUUAUUCUACAGAUAUCUGGUUUUAUCAGGUGAUGGAUAAGUUUGGUUAUAUUUUAUUGAUGUCUUUUUAGGUAGUUAUUGUUUAGAUUGGUUCAUAUUGAUAGUUUUGUCCUCAUGUUUGAUUAUUUUAGUGGGUUUCAGUCUUCCACUGAAAGUUUAACAUUUAGGAGAUUGUGGAUCAUAAUGUUACAUGUAGCGAGUUUGUGUCCCCACCAUUGGUGAUGUGGGUAAUGAAUUGUUUGGUCAGUACUAGAACUGUUGUGUUUCAGUCCGUUGUUUGGAUAAUAACUGUAAACUCAAGAUACCGUUUUGUGGAAUUUUUGUCUAUUGCGCCUUUUAAACAAGGUUGGUAUCCUAUUGAUUUAACUUUUACCCCUUAUCUGCCCUUAACGUUGUGUUAACACAGGCGAUCCGUGUUAUCUCGUGCCAAACAGCUGCUUCGCUACACAACACCUGGUAGCUGUAAGAUGAUACACAUUGGCCUGUAGUUUUGAUAAUUGUUUAACUACAAUACUACAAAUCCACAGUAAUAGUAGUGCUGUUUAAUUGCUACAACACUUUGGUGAUCAACUAAGGAACUAUAUGAAAACACACGGUGGAAGUUUUCCUUGAUGUUAGAAACAGAAUGUUGUUUCCUAGUUUUUUCAAUUUUGUUUGUGAAGUCUUUUACUGUAAUUUUUUAUUUUCUAUUUUGAUUAUUGUUCAGUCGGUAUGGCAGGAAUUGUUUGUAACAAUUAUAAGAAAGUUUUAUCCAUUUUAGAAUGAUCCAGAUGUGUUGUUAGGCACUCGGUAGUGUGUAACUUUUCUGAGAAUGAUGGCGAUCAAGAUGUGGAUUCAAUUUAUUAACCACUAUCUGAAGUGGUGAAUCACAAGAUUCUGGCAGCAAAUUGAUAAAUGAAGAUGUUGCUCAAGAUGAUCAUGGUGGACGAAAAACAGGCUACAUGUGUUGCGGGGACGGUUAGCGGGCUACCCGAGUGGCAAGAUAACCCGUAACAAUGUUCACCUUGAAGAGUAGGAACUCAAGAGAUGACUCGGUACAUCGGGUUAAAAAUAAGUUUAUUGAAAAUAGUCACUUGGCACAACUCUGUUCACAACAUGUAAAAUGAAAACACCUGUAUAAAAUUACUACUGAGAAUAAACUAUUAACACUAUACUUUGUGGUACUUAUGUUUCACAAUUCCAACAUCUAACUAUUCUGCCUACUACCGCGACCGGUUCCUUGCUGUGCAGUCUGCGGAGACUGAUACAAAAACUGUGACCGUUCCUCACUGUGCAGUCUGCGGAGACUGAUUACUGCUGCGCCUCGCAGGGCUUAAAUAACACAACCCAUUAAGAGCGAUUAUCGCUCUGUACAUAUCAUUGUCCAAAGUGCUAAUGAUCUGUAGAUUGCUGUGUGAGCAGUGACAAUAAAUUUGUUAAUGAUAAUGUUGUAUAUCUAUUACUUAUCUAACGUCUACUCUUCUCACGCUAACACUAUUCUAGUUAUUGGUACACAUUAAAUAAUACAUACAAUCAUGGCUACAUGUUCUUACAUACUAAGAGUACCACCGGGUGACAGCAUCAUUGGAAAUUAGGCACUUAAAGAGUUAAGUUACUAUACAAUAGAUUUCUAUCUUAGUAGAUGUAAUCAUGCCAAAAGAGUGCUGGACCCAGAAUAAUUUAUCAUUGACAUACAUGAUGAUCACAAACACAUGAACCAAAUACUGUCAAUAUUGAGUUAAGGGAGCAAAUAUGAACAACAAUAGUAAAACAAAGACUUGUUAUUCUAAUAGACUAUGUUUAAGUGUAUAUGUUACUAAAAUGUUUCGAUUACUUUGAAUAUUAAUAUCAACAAAAACACUUUGCCAGCUAUUUAUUUAUGAUUUGUUGUUAUAAAUAUUGAACUGUGUACAGCUUUAUAUAAAUACUAAGAUUGUUGAAAAGACCAGUACAUGGCCUGUUGUUUGUUUCAUUUUGUUGGCUUGUAUUUGUUUGGUCCGGUUGUAGUUUUUAUUUUUUAUUUUGUUAUAGGUUGUUGUUUUAGCUGGAAAAAAAUCAAAAUAUUUAAUAGGAACUAAUGCUCUGUGCACUUCGGUGAAUUUAAUAAAAAUGUGCAUUUCAGUUUAGUUCCAACAGGAAAAACAAACAAUAUAAAAUGUUGUGGAUUUCUUUUCAACAAUUAAUUAUUGAAAAUAAAAUGUACAAAACAUUGUUCUUGUUGGUUUUUUGUAUCACUUCACAAAGUGUGUAUGGAAAUAAACAUUAUUUUAAGUAGGAAAAUUUAGACUACAAAAUUAUCUAAUCACUUGAUCAUGUGCUCAUUUAUUUGUUUUAAUUUUUUAACGACAUUGUAUAGAAAAUAUUUGUUAAUUUAUUUAAAUAUUAGUUUAAUUAAUUAGUCAUUGAUAAAUUUAUGUAUUUUAUGUAUUUUAUUGAUCAUGCAGGUCUGUGAGUACUUUCAAAUUUAAAUCAGUUAUUCUUUAAAUUAGAAAUCACAUUAUAUUUUUUGAAAUAAGUAACUAUUCAGUCAGGUAAGCACAGAAACUAAUUAUAUGUUAUGGUAUGUAUAGCUCAGUAGGAAUAUUCUGAGUGUAUCUGGUGUGUAGAUGUGGUAGCAAAAAGAACAGUUAUUAAGAACAGUUUGUGGUUCAUAGCAUUAAGUUGAACCCAUUCAUUAAAAUAUGGUAAUACAAAAUUUAAGUCGCCCUGCGUGUAACACUGAUGUAUACUGCAGAAGUAGUUGGCUAGUAUAGUAUUCUCAACGCUGCCAUAGAUCAAGCAUGAAGAAUUUAAAUAAAUAUUGUACAGUAUAAAUGAACAUUACAUACAAAACACACAGUGGCUAAUAUUCUAUUAGAAAAAUGUGAUAGUGAGCGUAUUAAUAAGUUUGUUUAACUAUAAUUAUGAACUCAAUCAAUUAUUAAAGCCCCCAUACACUAUCCAGCUUGGUCCGGUGAACCAGACUGCAGGUUAGUUUGAAGUUGGAACAUACAAAUGUUUGGUCUGGUUGGCAGCACAAGACCCAAACACGAUAUGUACACAGUUUGCGUGUGUCUACAUCUGAGCUGAAAAAUCAGAAGUUCACCCAACUCAGUAGGGUACGGUGCGCCCAUCAUCAUAAACAAUCAAACCCCAUCCUAACCUAGUCUACCAUCCGACCAAGUCGGACAGUGUUUAGGGGACUUAACCCUCAUUCACAAUCAUUGGUUUGUCCUUUCUGACAGGCCAGACAUCAGUAUAUUCCUUCUGCUGUACCAAACAUUCUAUAAGAUCUUAAAUCUUAAUUGGUGUGAAACGAAUGUCAUGUUUUAAAUAUUAAAUUUAACUGAUUUUUCCAAUUUAAUUUUAAAGAGGAAAUUAUUUCAUUAAUAUGAAAAAUUAUAUGGUGAAUAUCAUCAACAAUAUUUCUUAAAAAAAACAGCAAUAAUGUAAUGUAUGAAUUUAGUUUUAAAUCAGAUUAUAGGGUUUAUAUAAUAUGUUAAUAGGAAUAAAGUUUUCAAGCUUUACACUGUCACGAAUUUAGCGUAUAUAUGUUUUACUAUUCUGUUCAUAUAAUACUAGUCUUGUUUUAUAUCACACAUAAUCUUGGUUGUCUACAGUGUGACUGCUUUUUGUUUUUGUUUUGUGUAUUUUUUUAAUUCAAUUGAUACAUUAUUUAUAAAAUUUAAUAUAAGUAUGUUUUAUUGAGAUAACUUGAUUUUUAUGAUGGGAAAAUACUUUAAUGCUGUUUUAUAUUGUUUUAAGUAACAAAGAAUGAAAACUUCCCAGAUAUACAGGCUAAUAUUGUGUUUAUAAUCUGUAUAUUUAUCUCUCACAGCAUUUACAUUUUUAUGGUCAGAGAUAUUGUAUAUUUAUUAUAUACGAUGAUAAUAAAAUAUUUUAACUAACAUUGAAUAACAACAGUGCAAUAAAGCUGGAUCUUUCGUUUAUAAGUUUAUACUGAAUGUCAUGUAUAUUGAGACAACGCGACAUUGAAAUGCAAGAUUGCCAAGAUAUUGUAUAAACAUGAAUGUAAAUGUACACAAGUCAGCACUCUGUAAUUAAUGCUAAACACAUAUCUUAAAAUCAAAUAAAACAAUAUACUAAUUUAUUGAGUUUGAUUGAAAAAAUUAUUAUUAUGUUCGUAUUGGAAUGCCAAAUUAUAAAUAUGAAAGAUUGUUAUUAAAAUUCAUCAUUAUAUGCCCAUUUGUAUUUAAUUGUUUAUUAAUUGGGUGUCCUUUUAUAAACUCUCUAAUAAAAAAAAGUGAAGUGUUGGUCAGUUAGAUGUUUUGCGUAAAGUCCAUUUUCUGACAAAACGGUAUAAAUGAGGAAGGCAGGGAUUCUGCUAAAUCGAUAACAUAACACUCUACAUAAUACUGUUUUAUAGUUCAUACUAAUGUGUUAAUAUGUGUAGGACUACAUGCACAUAGGUUAUACACUUCAUGCAACCUAUUCAUUCGUACUGCGUUAUUUGUUAUGUUUGUACUUAGGUCAACAUGUUUUUUUUAUUAUGUUACAACAGUAAACUUUUUUGUGUUGCAUUAUUGUGAUUUCACAAAUCUAUAUUAUACUGUUAAAUCUGGUGGAGUUUAUUCUAAACGUGUGGCUGACAAACACUUCUUGUUUUUCUACAUUUUAUAGAGUUAACAAAUUGUAAUUGAUUGUACAUUGAAGUAGUUUUCAGUUUUACUAAAAAUUGUAACUAGUAUUCAUUGUGAAAAUAAUAAAAUUGUAAUCACUACAGGUCAGUCUGCAGCAUAAAUAAUUUGUAAUCUUUAUCACUGUUGUUACUUGUGUAUUUUAUAUUCAAUUAUACUGAGAAGUAUUCUCUGAAUGUCAAACAUAGAGGAACUAUACAGAUUUUACGUGAAAAAUCAAAAACAUGAUCAGUUCUUAUAUUUUAUGUACAACAUUUUUAUUAUUAAGCCUUAUUAAAUCUUAUAUAAUUUUUUAAUAAAUUGUAUGUAGUAACUAACUUACAACUUAUUAUCUUAUUACAGUACAUACAUAGUGCUGCCACAUUAAAAAAAAAAUAUAUCUCUCAGACUUUCUACCAAGUAAUUUUUAAGUAUUGUUUUCACCAGCUUCUGCAGGAAGUACUAGUACCUGGUUGUGACUUGUAGAAGCACUUUGUGGGUGUAACACUUUCUAGAUUAUUAUUUAAAGAAAAUUAUGUUCAAAAUUGAAGGUAAAUAUAAAAUAUUGUUUCUCUUUUUUUAACGUUUAAGAAAACCACUUUGUGAGGUUGUCAUUGUAUAUUACACAACAGUGUUCUCUGUAAUAUUUUGUUGAUAUUUUACACAUUAAGAAAACUUACAUUUACUACCUAUUUUUGUAGAUUGGCAGGGCCGUAGAUCUCAAUCCUGAAUGGUUUUUUAAAGGUAUUUGUCGCUUUUUGCUUGCAACUUGUAUCGAGCAAUCAUUUACCGUAUCACGUAUUCCACUUAUUAUGCUUAUAUUAUUAAUAUACUAUUGUAAUAUUUGAAGAAUUUGAAGACUUAGGAAAAGAACAAAUAAUGUAAAAAGCAUAUUGUAUCAGGCUGUGGUGAAUAUUGUUAUUUUUUUUGUAAUGAUUAAGUCUAUUCUGUGUUGGUCUCGGUUUAUGUAAGUACUUAAGUUAACACUAAUUAGUACUUUUCAUUGAGUUGUGUUUCAUCAGCUAAAUAUCAAAUGUGUAUAAUAAAGUUAUACUUUUUUGUA